GAAAAAUUACGACAAUUCAGAUCGAAAGUCGGCCUAGGAUGUCACUGUUUUUGCGGACCUCUGUAUGGUCCCUCAUUCGCUUGGAGUUUCUUUGCGGGAGUAGAAAGGUCGUUCCCCGGUCUAUCGAGGCAGCGUAUUAUUCAAACUGCAUUAGUGUUUUGCACAAAAACGUACCGUUUACCAGUGUAAUAUAUCCAUUUACUGCACCCGGAUCAGGCCCCGGCAUUGCUUCUAGAGUCAGCUUCGGUUUGGACGUUCAGGUGUCCAGAAGAAUCAUGUCGUCUACCUCGAUGUCUCAGAGAAUGGUUUGGGUGGACCUGGAGAUGACAGGUCUCGACAUUGAGAAGGACCAGAUCAUUGAAAUGGCAUGCAUUAUCACAGACUCUGACCUCAACAUUUUGGCUCAGGGACCCAACUUGAUAAUUAACCAGCCAGAUGAGUUGCUGGAAGGGAUGUCGGACUGGUGUAAGGAGCAUCAUGGAAAGUCAGGACUGACUCAGGCGGUACGGGACAGUAAAAUCACCCUGGAACAAGCAGAAUAUGAGUUCCUGUCCUUCGUCAGACAGCACACCCCGCCUGGACAGUGUCCCCUUGCUGGGAACUCUGUGCAUGCCGACAAGAGGUUCUUGGACAAGCACAUGCCACAGUUUAUGUACCACCUUCAUUACAGAAUCAUUGACGUCAGCACCGUCAAGGAGAUUUGCAGACGGUGGUUUCCAGAAGAAUACAAGAUGGUGCCUCACAAGAAAGCCAGCCACAGAGCCUUGGAUGAUAUAUGGGAGAGCAUUAAAGAGCUGCAGUACUACAGAGCCAAUGUCUUCAAAGCAUCAACACAGGAGAAGAAGCGCAAGAUUGUAGAAAAUGGAGGCAGCAACAAAAGUCAACUCACAUGAAGACUAUGCAGCUAUCAAUGUUGUGCUGCUGUAUUUCCUGAAGAAAGCAGUUUCAUCAUUCAGUGUGAUUUAAGUGACUGUUUUCAUUGAUUUCAGUUUCUGUUCAUAUUUAGCUGCUCAAUGAUCAUUUGUUCCAGUAUUGUUCAUAAGUUAAAAGCAGAGGUUUCAUCAAAAAUAGCAAGACUCUAGUAACGGUUUAUUUAAAAGAAAUUAUUUUGUAACAUGAAAAUGUACUUUGGUAGUUGCAGCUUUGAAUUAUUUCUUUAGUCUUGAGUUACUUUAAUUUUGCCUUGUUUUUAAAGUGAAACCAAAUAAACUCUGGUUCCUGGGAAAACUG